AUGGGAAUAUACGCUAUCUUGAGAACCCAGUCGGGAUUGUACACUGGUCGAACUCUCGGUUCAUGGCUGGUUACCGGGAAGUUGCUGGAGAGGUUCUUCAUCUGCCAUUGUCCUAUUUCGGGACACCUCGUCUGGGGCAUGUUGCAUCUCAGUGAGCUGCAAGAGCUGGUUGGUGAUCUUGCCAUUGACAAUCGAGCAGGCAUUAGCAGGACAUUACACCGCAUUACUGGCAUUAGGAAUCGAAAAGGUGUCAUUAUUGGUCUAACUUGUCGUGUUGGUAGGGCAAUAUCUGGCAGUGCUGUCUUGCUGCGAGAUUUGGUUCAAGAUGGCGGUUCUUUGUUACUCAUUGGACCUCCGGGGGUAGGAAAAACAACAAUGAUCCGAAUGAAUUAUAUUACAAUGCAGCUAGCUAUUGAUCUAGUGGUCUUGAUAGAGGCUGUUGAAAACCAUAUGCCACAAGUGAUUGUAAUUGAUGAAACUGGCACUAAACUUGAAGCUCUGGCUGCAAGCAAAAUUGCGCAACACGGAAUUCAGCUAGUUGCCACGGCUCAUGGUGUAACCAUUGAGAAUUUAAUAAUGAGCCCUUCAUUAGAGAUGCUCGUUGGACGAAUACAGAGCGUGACACUAGGAGAUGAAGAGGCCAACCGCCGGGGGGUUCUGAAGACAGUGCAAGAAAGGAAAGCCCCUGCAACAUAG